CUAAAGAAAGCCCAAAUUAGAGAGGGCCGAUGCUGAUCAUUUUAUGGCGGAUUGGGAGGGACAAAAUUUUGGACCCAUGAAAAGAGGGCCCAGCCCAAAAGCCAUUCCAACGGUCCGGCUUUAACUUGUUCCCUUGGGCUCGGAUACUGAAGGAGUCGGUGUAAAACUAUUAAUCAAAAUGACAAAUAUCAGAGAAUAGAACAGAACAGACCAAUUAAUUAAUUGAUGGAGCCAUCAUAUACUAAAAACAGAAAUCCAGUCCUCAAAAGAUCCGACGGACAAAUUUAGAGCGCAAUUGAAAAAAAAAGGGGGAAACAAUAGACGAGAAAUGCAAACACUACGUAGCUAAGUUUGCUUUGACAUUGACAAUGUUUGACACGGUCAAAAAUAUGUUGGUUGGUUUCAUGUACAAAGAAGACGAAGAGAAGAGUUCAACACUACCAGCCCAGCUCCAGCCUCAGAGUCGGGCCGGGCGGAUGCCAAACGUUCAAAGGAUGAAAUAGGAGCACUACAUCUCAAAUCAAAUGUCGUUGUUUCCUAUUAACAACCAAAUCAAAUUAGUUGAUUCCGUUGGCCAAACCAAUCCCCACAACAACCACAGCAGACCCAGCAUUAUCACUGAUUCUUCAAUUCUUACGGAGGGAUGAUUUACAAUUAUGUUCGUGAAUUUACGGAUACUUAUUUUAUCGGAUUUUCGUUCAAUUGGAUUUUCUCUUCAUUAAUUACAUUACUAUCCGUAAUUUUGAUGGUUCAUCGAGCCGACAAAGUAGACAGGUUAGGGAGGGAGUCAUUAAAGGUCUCCAACUAGCAUCACAGUUUGCCUGUCGCAAUUAGGUGUCCAUAUUCUACAAAGACGACAUCGCUACUACUAGCCCGUGACGGCAUGCCUGCUCAUCAACACACCGGCCUUGUUUUACAACUUCUCACAAACUACAACAUUGACUAGGACCGUUCGCACCAUUCACAUCUAUCGAGAGGCUAAUUCCUUCGUCAAUACUACUUGACUCAUAAAAAAAAGGUCGCACUGAGACAAUGGCGUAUGCAUCUUGAUAUCAAGGCAGAGAACUUGGCUGCAAUUUUAUACUCUUUUUGGCCCAGUCCGGGACGCAGAAGUCAAAUUUCUUCCAAGAAGGAACGUUUCAAAUCAAAGACGAAACUCCACUUAAAUGAAGGCUAGGGAGUCUUUGGUAAUUAGCCCAACAAUUAUCACCUUCACUAGAUCGCAAGGCUAGCGCGUGAUGAUAGACUUUGUUGGAUAUAAAAAUAUAGAACAAAGCGUUCUUCCUUCUCUAUCUCAACAUUGUAUACACCUUCCGGCAAAACUCAUCAAUCCAGACGGAUCCCAUUUUGCCGGCGAUUGCAUACUGGGUAGUUGGUAUCAAUGGCCGGCGGCGGGGAAGGAGAGUACCGGUCACUGGAAAACACUCCGACAUGGGCUCUCGCCAUGGUUUGUUUCGUCUUCAUCGCGGUUUCCUUGCUCAUAGAGCACCUCAUCCACCUCAUCUCUCACUGGCUGCAGAAGCACAAGAAGAACUCGCUGGUGGAGGCCGUCGACAAGCUCAAGUCCGUGAUGAUAGUGUUGGGGUUCAUGUCGUUGAUACUGACGGUAACCCAGAAGUACAUCGCCAAAAUCUGCAUCCCCAACGGCGCCGCCGCCACGAUGCUCCCCUGCCGGACGAAGCGUCUCGUCGAAAUUGACGACGACGACGACAAGGGCGAGGAUUACUGUGGCAGCAAGGGGAAGACAGCUCUAAUAACAGAGGCCGGAUUGAACCAGCUGAGCAUCUUCCUCUUCGUAAUGGCCGCGAUGCAGAUCGUCUACAGCGUCCUCACCAUGGCCUUGGGUAGGGCCAAGAUGAGGCGGUGGAGGGCCUGGGAGAAAGAGACACAGACCGUAGAAUACGAAGCAGCCAAUGAUCCAAACCGAUUCAGGUACACAAGGCAGACGACGUUCGGGCGGCGGCACAUGAAUUGUUGCACCAGCAACACCGUCAACCUCUGGAUUAAAUGCUUCUUCCGUCAAUUCUUCAACUCGGUAGCAAAAGUUGACUAUCUCACUCUGCGCCACGGUUUCAUCGCUGCUCACUUGUCGAAUAAUAACUCCUUCAAUUUUCAAAAGUACAUAGAGAAAUCACUAGACGAGGAUUUUAAAUCUGUAGUAGGAAUCAGUCCCAUAAUGUGGUUGCUAGUUGUGAUCCUGAUGUUGGGUGACAUCCGUGGUUGGCAUGUCUACUUGUGGGUAUCCUUUCUGCCAUUGAUUAUCGUGUUGGUUGUUGGGACAAAGCUGGAAGUGGUGGUGGCGAAAAUGGCUCUGCAACUGAGCGAGAACAACACUGUGAUCAAAGGAGCCCCUGUAGUCCAGCCCAACGACGACUACUUCUGGUUCAGCCACCCCAAGUUCGUGUUGACUCUUCUGCAUUACACUCUCUUCGUGAAUGCAUUUGAGCUAGCUUUCUUCGUCUGGGUCACGUGGCAAUUUGGGAUACACUCCUGCUACCACGAAAGCUUGGAGAUCAUAGUCACCAGAAUGGCAUUUGCGGUGAUGGUACAAAUUUUGUGCAGCUACAUAACACUACCUCUCUACGCUUUAGUAACCCAGAUGGGUUCGCGGUACAAGGGAGUAAUGGUGGAGCAGCAAACGGCAAACAUGCUGAAAAAUUGGCACGCAGGGGUGAAACAGAACAACAAGAAGAAGCGAGAUAACGUUUCCCCUUCCAGCCGCUCCAUCCCGCCAUCAUCCCCAUUUUCCGCAACAAACAGAAACUCCAACAUGAUGGCGUUUUCUCCUGAUUCUUACUCUCACCACCACUCACCCACCAACGGCCACCAUCGCCACAACACCAAUGGCUCUCCUCUGGGUUCGACUUCCCAUCCUCCGAGGCCGCCGCCGCCGCCGUCGUCCUCUGGUUCCGGCGAUGCAGAGAUUGAGCUGGAAGGCACGAGUUACAGAGACCAGAUGGGUUCCCCUCUUCGAUCACCUACUUUUGCAGACAUUCAAAGGGGAGGAAACAACAGGGCAUUUGGACCAUUUUGAUGAGGAGCUGAGGAUGUAAGCCAUUUGUGAGUGGCACGAGAAGGGAAAACAGAGGAGAUAAAGAUGGUUUAGGCAGCUAAUGUGGUUGACGAUGGAAGUUUGACAUGAUCCUACAUGAAGGCAGUUUUUUGGCUUGCCUCUCACGCGAGAAAUGUAGAGUGAUAUGGUUUGAGAGUUGUAUAUAGUCUUCAAAUUGGACGAUUUGUCACUAAUGACAUGAUUAGUGUAGCCUCACAAUACAGAAAUUGAGAGUUUUUGGUUCAACGAAUGUGGGUUUUUUUGGUACAAGGAAGUUGAAGGUAAAAAGUUCAGUAAUCAUGAGUAACUACAAAAAUAUUUUCUUUUUUCUGGAAAGUCUUUUAUAUUUUCCCCUUCAAUAUUUAACGGGCGAUUCUCUCUCGUUUUAAGUCGAAAUUUAAUUUUUUUUGCACAGAUAAAUUAGAUUAAAUGUG